UCACAUAUUUCAAUUUCUUUUACUUCAUACAUUUAUUAAAUUUUUACAAAAUCUUUUGGGGGCACCUCUGCCAACUCCCCCCUCACCCUUACGCUAGUCAACCACUUGGAAUCAACUGCGCAUUUGUGCGAAUUUAUUUUGAUAGUAUAAGUUUCAUUGCUUUCAAAGUUGUACAGUUAUUUUGCAAAAAAAGAAAAGAGCUUUUCCUUUAUUUUUSUCCAUAUCCUACUUAUUCUCAUUGGAACCUCGUUAAGCUCAAUGGUUUGUGAAUAAGUCUUGGUUWUAUUUCAAGGGAUAMGUGUGGCAAAGAUGCUUGAUCGACCGUUUGGCUACGGUCUCGYCCURUCAUCAGAAAUUGCCAACUUGGAGUCAGAGUGUYUUCAGUACCUWCACACAAAUGCAGAGUCCAUUAGUCGACUUAUUGAAAUAAGUACACAAAAACUGACGGUUCCAUCUCUUUCUGAAAGUAAUACGAAGGACACCAAGCUGUUUGACGCUUCAUCUCAUCUUUUUCAAAACACAUUGAUAUUCGURACCAGUAUGCUUGGACUUGCAGUGCUGUGUGGUCUUGUGUGGCAUUUCACCUGCCAUAAGAAGGMAGCAAAAGUUUCACCCGUCACAGUUGAAAUGCUUAGUCAAAAAGAACUAACUGUCCGCAAGAUGAGAGCAUUCGUCGACAAAUUCCACCAGCAAGCAAUGUCCAAAAUGAACGAAAUGCGAGCCAGACAUCAUCAGGAGAAAUUAAAACUUUAUCGAAGAAUAAAAGAACGAGAGAAACAAAAUCAAAAAGUCGAAAGGGCUCAAGCUAAGGCAGCAAGAUUAAAGGCCAAAAAAGAAGACCCCGAUGGAAUGUAUUCUUUAAGCGAUCUUGUGAAGCUUGCUACCAAUAUGGUCCGAUCAUAGACAUAUUCGAUSAUAGACAUACAUGUAAAAACUAAAAACGGCAGAACAAGAGAAUGACAUGGAGAAACAGUAGUAAGAUAAAAAAAACUGAUAAAAAUGAAACAAGUGAGCAGCGGAGAAGAAUAGAAUAAAGAUAAGAUUACGAGAAGAGCACGACGAAUAAUACAAAAUAUAGCUAUACUCAAGAAGUAAAAACAACAUGCACCAUUGAAAGUUAUUUUUAGUAUUUCAAAGGUUAAGCUCUACUGGAUACAGUAAACCUCAUGAAAAAUGUCUUUCAAAAAAGCAGAAGCAACUAAGAAACUUUAUUAAUUAAUAAACGGUAUAUCUACAAUGGACAGGAAAGUUUACUCGUAAUAAAACAAUGUUAAAAUACU